GCUGAAUCUGUAGACUCAUGCCACUUAGCACUCUACUUUAAGAUGGAAGAUGUGAUAGCCCGCAUGCAGGAUGAGAAAAAUGGAAUUCCAAUUCGAACAGUGAAAAGUUUUCUCUCCAAAAUUCCUAGUGUCUUUUCUGGUUCUGAUAUUGUGCAGUGGUUACUGAAGAACCUCGGCAUUGAGGACCAAGUGGAGGCUCUACACCUGGGUACACUGAUGGCGGCUCACGGAUAUUUCUUCCCCAUCUCUGAUCAUGUUCUCACACUCAAAGAUGACGGCACUUUCUACAGAUUCCAGACACCAUACUUCUGGCCCUCAAACUGUUGGGAACCCGAGAACACAGAUUAUGCUGUGUACCUCUGCAAAAGAACAAUGCAAAACAAAGCUCGUUUGGAAUUGGCAGAUUAUGAAGCUGAGAGCUUAGCUCGAUUACAGCGAGCGUUUGCCAGGAAGUGGGAAUUCAUAUUUAUGCAAGCUGAGGCACAAGCCAAAGUUGAUAAGAAGAGAGAUAAAAUCGAGAGGAAAAUUCUGGACAGUCAGGAAAGAGCAUUCUGGGAUGUACACAGGCCAGUGCCUGGGUGUGUAAACACGACAGAAGUGGAUAUAAAGAAGUCAUCCAGAAUGAAGAACCCUCACAAAACAAGAAAGUCUGUGUAUGGCCUUCAGAAUGACAUCCGCAGUCACAGCCCCACCCAGACACCUGCCCCUGAGGCCAAACAGCCAACAGAGGAAGAGCUUCGGGAACAGAUCAAGUUUUGGCUGGCACAGUUAGACAGACAUCGACUGAAGAUGUCCAAGGUGGCGGAGAGUUUAAUAGGCUACACAGAGCAGUAUGUGGAGUAUGACCCUUUUCUCACCACCCCUGACCCCUCUAACCCCUGGAUAACAGACGAUACCACAUUUUGGGAGCUGGAGGCUAGUAAGGAACCCGGACAGCAGCGAGUGAGACGCUGGGGUUUUGGGAUGGAUGAGGUGUUAAAAGACCCUGUGGGCAGAGAGCAGUUUCUCAAGUUUCUGGAGUCUGAGUUCAGCUCAGAGAAUUUGAGAUUCUGGCUGGCGGUGCAGGAGCUGAAGCGUCGACCGAUUCGGGAGGUCCCAUCACGGGUGCAGGAGAUCUGGGGAGAGUUCCUGGCCCCUGGAGCCCCAAGUGCCAUCAAUGUCGACUCCAAGAGCUACGGCAAAACCACGCAGAACAUCAAAGAUCCCGGGAGAUAUGCAUUUGAGGACGCACAGGAGCACAUCUAUAAACUGAUGAAGAGUGAUUCGUACAGUCGUUUUAUCAGAUCCAGUGCCUACCAGGAGCUUCUGCAUGCCAAGAAAAAGUCAAGAAACCUUACGGACCGCAGAACCUCUUUUGAAAAAUUCACUCGUAACGUGGGGAAAUCUCUGGCCCUGAAGCAGCUGCCUGCUGUUGCACAGUCCUGCUGA